AUGCCUUCAAAGAAGCUUUCCUGGGAAAAGCUCACGCCUCAGAAGAUGGCUUCGAAGAAGCACACCACCUUACCGGAUGGCCAGUCGGAUAUAACCACGUCCAGCCGCAAGAGCGUUCAAAAGUGGGAAGGGAGCUACGCCACACCAUCUCCAGGGUCCUUCGUUUCAGUGGACGACGAUCUUGCGGCUUUCCUCGAAGGUGAAUUCUACGCCUACCUUCAGGAAGAAUCGUCGCAAAAGAACAGCCAGCUGCAGCCAAUCAUCGACCUUCAUCGAAAGUGCAUGGACAAUACACGCAUUGAGGAUACCGGAUGGGAUCCUUUGCUCGAGCUUAUGUCCCGCGUUUCUCUCGACGGAUUCCCACUCACGCCACCGGUAAGAAAGACUCUCUCAGUGUGGCGAACGGCAGCGAAGAUACUUCGAUUGACAGGAACCGCAUCGUUGCUCGGAGUCGGUGUAUGUUCCACUCAUUCAACGCUAGACGCCGCCAUAGUGUCUAUAGGGCUCCCCGAUACGAUAACUAAUAAUGACAGUGUCGACGUGAAUGAGGCCGUUCGUCUUUACACCAGCACUGCUUUUGCGGCUAUGAAAGCGUUGAAGAAGCAGUACAUGCCACCGUCGUUCACUUUGAACAUCGUCAAAUUUGCGACCGACCUUGAGAAGCUCGCCGAUGUGACGACCACGGAAAAUGCCACCAUUUUGGUCAAUUUGCAGAAGUUUCCGCGGCUUGCCAUUUUUCUGCAAGAAAUCUUCAAGGAUGUCAAUUCGACUCUUUACUCUGGUGAAAGAACGGAAGCCAUGAUUCAACCUGCCAGCGCUGUGAACGAGAUAGUACAGCUCGCUGACGACACCGACAUCGCCACCGUAAUGAACUACCUCGGCGUUCGACUUAUGACUGAGGUCUCCCCGUUCAUUCCGCAUUCUAAACUCACCGAAUUCAAUAGCGCGCUUCUUUACGGAAAGCGUAGGGGCAACUUGCCUCGCUGGGAACUGUGCCUGAGAGCCGCGGAAAAGGCUCUUUUUCCAGUGGUGAACCUGGGUGUUCUCACGGAUCUCAACGAGCACGUCUCCAUCUCCGGGCUUCGAAACUUCACGAAAUAUGUUAUCGCGGAAUUCAAGAACGACAUUGACAAAUCUACAUACUUCACGCCAGCGUCCAAGGACAUUAUUCGAAGCGUACUGAACACGACGCGCCUGGUAGUCGCCGGACCGGACUGGCUGAGCGACAGCGUCGCAAUCGAUGCGUACAUUCAGGCGCUCCAGGUGGGCGCUGCAGGCGAGAGCAACGCCCUUGACACCUACGUCAUCUACCACGAGCGCACUUUCCUGGCAUCACUCGCACGUGGUUCGGCGCAGCGUUGGAGCCGUUCCACUUUCAGUCCAAACUGUUGGUACGAGCCUUAUCCGGACACCAUAUAUGUUCCCUUGCUGGUGUUUAACGUAUCGAGAGCCAAGGACAAGGGCGCGGAUGCCAUGCAGUUAUCUCGUGCGGGACCUCGUCUGAUGCGCUGCGCCUUCGAUGCGCUUAUUUCAAAGACACGUGCUUCGACAGGAGUUUAUGACCAAUGGCUCGAGGGAAAAACCAAGGACAAACUACGGGAGCUUGAGGCAUGCCUAAGCUCACCUGAAGCUUCGCUGAUGGAUCGCUUCGAGAGAACCCGCGAUGUGCUUGAAGCUAACUUUUCUUUCACGCGUUUUGUUAAGGCCGCCAGAAUGUCUGAGCACCCACUUGCUCUUACAGUACCUCCGAACCGCUUUUUGACAGGAGAGCAGCUGUUCUUCAUCUACUUGAUGCUGCAGAGCUGUGAAAAGGGCGGUGGGUCAGAGAACCGUGCUCCCAACGCUGGUAGAGAGUGGAAUAUCGCACUUCGGAACACCGAACAGUUCCCGGCCGAGUUUAGCUGCAGUCCCGAAACGCCCAUGAACGUGCAAACGAAGUGUCUCAAUGUAUAA